UUUUCUAGACGGUUUUCUAUGGAGAAAAAAAGGUAAGCAUCUUAGCCAUUGACAUUAUUAGAGGAUUGUGAUGCAGGCUCUUUUACCAAAUUGUUUUACCUCAAACAUAGUCUAUGGCUCCAUGCAGCUAAUUAUCAUCUGUCUUCUUCAAUUUUAUACUAUUGUUUUCAGCGCAGAUUAUGUGAUGUGGUUAACCUUAUCAUUUAUUUUUAAGUUUCCUUGCCAAUGAACUGAUGUGGUUAACCGUAUCAUUUAUUUUUAUGUUUCCUUGCCAAUGAACUGAGACAUGGUUCUGUCUGGUACACAUGCUGGUUGGCUUUUACUUGUCUAAAGUAUAUCUGACUCUUUCUGUUUCUCUGCUGAUUUCAGAUUUCAACUUUGUGAUAAAGGAAAAGAUUGUCUCAAUACAGAUUAUUUUCUUAGCAUUUGAUAAGUACUAUUGAUAUGUUUCUAUGUCUGGUAAUUUCUGUGGUUUCCUUCUCUGGUACAAUGAGCAUCUUAAGAUGAUAUAAGAGAUGUUAAUGUUGUAAGUGCUAAUGUGCAGUAUAUAUCCUGCAUACCAAAUUCCCUGUGGUACAUAUCACAAUAACUCAAUGUUUUUUUAUCUUUUCUGCGAGCUGUUAGUCUAAUCCUGCUGCUAAUACAGUUCUUAACAAUGGACAAACACCUCACAAUUCUACUGCUGAAUCAAUGCAUGUAUUCCAGCUGUUCCUGAUAACCGAAAUCAUUUGAAGAGGAUAACAUGCAGUAAAACUAAACUGCAAGUGGAUAUAGAAACCAAGUAUCAAUCAGGAACUGCGGCUUCUAUGCAAGAAGAAUUCAUUCAGAAUAGGUCUCGUCUAAGCCCUCUUGCUUCACGUGCAGCUCUAGCAUCAUCCUUGUUAACAGCUAAGAAGUGUCUUGAUAUGGAAUUUAGCUCCUGUAUGACUGCCAACAUGUUUAUGAAGGGUAAACAUUCCUCGGAAAAUUUGGCUAUUUCCGUUCCACUUGUUUCAUAUGCUUCCCAUGCAAUAUCACCACUAAUUUCAACACAAGGGGAUGCUUCAUGCAAACCCUCUUCUUGCAUACCAACCAAGGUUCGGGGAAAUGAAAAUAAUACCUCAGUGAAGAUUAAUCGUAGUGCUGAAGAUAAGACCUCUUCUCCUGCAAAGGUUACAGCUGAAAAAGUUAUCUCAGAAAUUGCAAUGACUGCUGAACAUGCAAUUGCUAGGGAUAAAAAGUCCUCAGUACUUGGAGAUGUUAAUGUUAGGCUAACAACUCCUAUGAGAUUAACUCGACUGGCAAUGCGGAAAGGGGCUGUGUUUCCAAAUGAAUGCAUUGAGGUGAAGAUCUGCACUGACAACAAAAAGAGAAGGAUAUCUGGGAACAAAAACAAGUUGUGUCAUUCAGCAAUUCGUCAAGAAAAUGAAAAUUUGGGCAAUGAAGAAAACAACUCAACUCAUAUUAUAGAUUCAGGUUCAUCUGAAAGAAACCUUGCUAUUCUGGAGAGCAAUGUGUCCGCAACAAAAACUGCAAAAGAUGCCUCUACACCAUGCAAGAAUGCACAGAGUGGUAGGAGAGAUCAGGGCAAGAAGAGAAAAGCAGUUUAUCCGGAUAAGCAAGGUCGACGAUUUUCACCUCGAAAUCAUCUACCCCGGACUCGCUCCCAGAAUAAAUCCCACCAUGGGAAGUAAGAGGAACUAUUAGCAGUUAGAACUUAUAUUGCUAGCUCUAGUGUUAGAACUUAUAUUGCUAGCUCUAGUGUACCAGACAUUAGCUAUCUAGCAAAAACUAAUUGCUCUAGUGUACCAGACACCAAUAUGCGGUAAUCUUUUGAACCGAGCCAUCUGGUUUUUUUUUUUUUUUUUGUUGUUGUUGUGUGAUGACGAAUGUGAAUCUGACAGGAAGGUCUAUGUAGUAAGAUUUUGAAUCACAUUUUCAUCAAUAUACAAUCCGGAUCUCGUGAUCUCGUGGUUACUGAUAAAGGCAUUGGAUGUACGACUGAGAAACUGUCUUCUUUGGUAUUUUCG